AAUCAAGUUGGUAUUAAAAGUACUCAAGCAGCCCAUCGGACCUGGCGCCCUCAUGGCUUCCGGUGUUGCAGCAUGGCUGCCCUUUGCAAGGGCUGCUGCCAUUGGGUGGAUGCCUGUGGCCAACUGCCCAAUGCCAUUGGCACCAACUGACAAAAACAAAAGACAAGAUGAGCUAAUAAUACUCAAUGUUAGUGGGAGGAGGUUCCAAACCUGGCGAACAACUUUGGAAAGGUACCCAGACACCCUACUUGGAAGCACAGAGAAGGAUUUCUUCUUUAAUGAGGAGACCAAGGAAUACUUUUUUGACCGUGACCCUGAAGUGUUCAGGUCUAUUCUAAAUUUUUACAGAACUGGCAAGCUUCACUACCCUAGGUAUGAAUGCAUCUCUGCCUAUGAUGAAGAACUGUCUUUCUAUGGCAUAUUACCUGAAAUAAUUGGUGACUGCUGCUAUGAAGAAUAUAAAGACAGAAGAAGAGAGAAUGCAGAAAGGCUGAUGGAUGACAAUGAAUAUGAGCACGGUCAAGAACCCAUGCCCUCCCUUAAUGCACGCCAGACUAUGUGGCGAGCCUUUGAAAAUCCCCACACCAGCACUUUAGCCUUAGUCUUCUACUAUGUGACUGGCUUCUUUAUUGCAGUGUCCGUGAUCACCAAUGUGGUUGAGACUGUUCCCUGUGGCACUGUGCCUGGAAAUAAGGAGCUUCCUUGUGGUGAAAGAUUUGAUGUAGCCUUCUUUUGCCUGGACACUGCAUGUGUCAUGAUUUUCACAGUUGAGUACCUCUUGAGACUUUUUGCAGCCCCAAGUAGAUACAGAUUCAUGAGAAGUGUCAUGAGUAUCAUUGAUGUGGUAGCCAUUAUGCCAUACUACAUAGGCUUAGUCAUGACCAACAAUGAGGAUGUGAGUGGCGCUUUUGUCACCCUGCGGGUUUUCCGGGUCUUCCGAAUUUUCAAGUUCUCACGCCACUCCCAGGGUUUACGGAUCCUUGGGUAUACCCUGAAGAGCUGUGCCUCUGAACUGGGAUUCCUCCUUUUCUCACUGACAAUGGCAAUCAUUAUCUUUGCCACUGUGAUGUUUUACGCGGAAAAAGGGUCAUCAUCCAGCAAGUUCACUAGCAUCCCGGCUUCGUUUUGGUAUACCAUUGUUACCAUGACAACGCUGGGGUAUGGUGACAUGGUACCCAAGACUAUAGCUGGAAAAAUCUUUGGAUCUAUCUGCUCGCUCAGUGGGGUCCUUGUGAUUGCACUGCCAGUCCCUGUCAUUGUUUCAAAUUUCAGCCGGAUUUACCACCAGAAUCAGCGAGCUGACAAGAGGCGAGCACAAAAGAAAGCUAGACUUGCUAGGAUAAAGGUGGCCAAGACAGGAACUUCAUCUGCCUACCUACACAGUAAAAGAAAUGGUCUACUGAGUGAGGCGCUGGAAAUGGGCUCCACCGAGGAAGAACCGCACAUUGCAAAAACAGCUUCCCUGAUAGAAAGUCAACACCACCACCUGCUGCACUGCCUGGAAAAGACAACUGGAUUGUCCUAUCUUGUGGAUGAUCCCCUAUUAUCUGUACGAACUUCCACUUUCAAGAACCAUGAGUUCAUGGACCAACAGAUGUUUGAUCAGAACUGCUGCGAGAGCUCCAUGCAGAACUAUCCCUCCAGCCGCAGCCCGUCACUCUCCAGUCAUCAUGGAUUUUCAAGCUCUUGCUGUUCUCGUCGGAACAAGAAGACCACGCAUCUCCCCAACUCGAAUGUUCCGGCUACAAGGCUACGUAGCAUGCAGGAGCUUAGCACUAUCCACAUUCAAUGUGGAGAUCCACCUUCUCUAACUGCAAGUCGAUCCAGCCUGAACUCGAAGUCAGACGACGGCUUAAGAUCAAACUGCAAAUCUGCACAGAUCACAACGGCCAUCAUUAGCAUCCCAACCCCCCCAGCUUUGACACCAGAAGGCGAGAACCGACCUGCCAGCGCGCCUGGACGCACCACAAACAUUCACAGUGCCAGCAACAUUGUAAAAGUUUCCGCGUUGUAA